AUGACCCUUAAUUUUUAUGAGUCAUUUAAAGAUGCUAAAGCUUCUGAUAAGAGAGCACAAAUGUUAUAUGUUGAUCUAAUGGGAGGAUACAGCCUUGAUAAUGAAGAAGAAUACAAUCUUAAGUGUUUAGUUCAAAAUAAUUUAGACGAAGUUAUUGACAAUAGAAUUAAUAAAUUCCAAGGAAUGUUCUGUUGUAAUUAUAGCAAAACAACAUCGAAUACGAAUACAGAAGCUGAAAAAGAGCAGCCUAAGCGAGUGAUGACAAGAAACGAUCCAAUUAUAAUAAAGAUAGGAGAGACUGAGGAACAGAUAAGUAGAUUACUUGAUUUGGAAAUUCAGUCUAUGAAAGAUCUAGAAGCGGAAUUUGAUAUUUCCUCAACUGAUACGGAUUCAAACGAUACAAUAAGUUCAGGUUUUUUCCCUUCAAUUGAAAAUCUUUCUAUUACAAGCACUGAUAAUGUAAACGCUUUCAAUAAAAGAGAACUUUAUGGUUUGUUGUUUACUUUUAUUGAUAAUAAAAAGUUACAACCAGAUAUAAAGAGAACAGAAACAUUUGAAGAGUAUAAAUUUGGUCCUCUUAAAAAUAAGAUGCUUAAAAUUAAAAUUUAUAAAUUAAAAUAA